AUGUUACAUACAAAGCAAGAUGUAGAUCAUCAUGUGCAUGAAAUUUUUAGAAAUCUUAAAAGUGAAAAUGAGAGAAAUUUAAAAUGUUAUCAAAUAGCCAAAUUAUACUACAAAGUUAAAGAUUACAAUUCAGCCAUUAAAUAUAUUAACAGAUACAUAUUAGUUUCUUCAAAUUCAGCAGCAGCUUUUAGAUUAUUGGGAGAUUGCUACUUUGCAUUAAAUUUAAAAGAUAAAGCUUUUAAUUCAUACAAGAAUUCAUUGGAAUUAAAUGCCAAUCAACAUGAUUUGAUAUUAAAAAUAUGUUCACUAAUUAUGGAAUCUGGCUGUACUGGAGUUUCAAAACCUGAAUAUUGGUUACACAGAGCAGAGUCUAUAUUUCCUAAAAGUCCAGUAGUUUUUCAGUUAAAAGAAUAUCUUAUAAAAACUCAACAGAGUGGAGUAGAAUCAACAGGACAAUUGGACAAAUUGAUUGCAUCCGAAAUAAAAGUUCGUCCUUUCGAUGUCAAUGUUAGAAUACGUCUUUUGAAUUUUUAUUUAGAAACUAAUCGUAGUAAAUUAGCUUAUACAAAUGCAUUAGAGUUGGAAGAAAAACAAUUGUUUUCAAAUAAUUGUAGAUGGUAUGAGUGCUUAUGUAAUGUUGUUCAGGCAUAUGAAAAAGACAACAAAGAUCUUGAUUUUAUUUUUUUCAUUAAAAAACUGUAUUUUUUGGAAAGAAAAGUCGAUUUGUUUAUGGAAGAAUUUCAAGAUGAAGUGAAAACAAUAUCCGAUUGCUGUUCGGCAUUAUUUACAUUCGAUCAAAGUCUUCAUUCGUUUUCUAAAAUAACAACAGUGCCUAAUGAAGAUACUAAUUUUUUUAAAGAAUGUUUAAAGCAUUUGAGAACUCAACUUUCAUUUCAUUUAGCCACAUUAAUUCUUAAAAAAGCUAAAAAGGAAUAUGGAUUAUGGCCAAAAGCUCAGAGAACAGCUAGUCCUUUACUUUUACAAGCUUCUCAAAGUUCAAUGGAUUUAAAUAGUGCUUGGUAUAACAUGUGGCAAGGGAAAAAAAAUCUGGAUAAAGAAGUCAAAAUGUGGAGUAAUUGUGCUGCAUCGCGUGUAUCACAAGCAGGACACAUCCUUCAGUCGUGGUGCCAAAACAAUGAAGCAAAAUUUUUAAAAAAGGUUUUUCAAAAUUGUGGAGGUAAAUGGCAAAACCUUGCGUAUCAAGAUAUAUUUUAUAGCAAAGAACAAUCUCAAGGAGCAGAAACUUCACAUUUUGUCAAUGAUCCUUUUUUUGCCUUUAUACCUACACAAAUUAUUACAAAAGCGGAAUUGAAACAAUUUGACGAUGUUUCUCAGCUUAAUUAUACUCAUUCGUUACAUCAUAUCGUUUGGCUUGGAUUAUCUUAUUUUGAUUCAAACGGACAACUCAGUCACGAUUUUAAAUGUAAAACUUUUCCUAAUUUACAAUUUACCGUCGAAAAUUUAUCUCAAACGGGUCCGGAGUCAUUAAAUCAAUUAGAUGUCGAUGCUUUUGUCUAUGCUUCAGUACUGUGCGGGAAAGCUGCGACCGAAAAUGAAGUUCGUAAUGAUCGUCCAGAUAAAUUACCCGUAAGCAUUUCGGAAGAACUUUGCACAUCAGCUCAGUCCGAAUGGUGGCAAGCAGUGUAUCAAAGCUACAAAAAUGAAUUAUCUCAAAAUGUUUCUCAAGCGAGACUUAAAUUAAUGAAAGGAAUUGAAACGAUUAGAGUUAUAGAGCAACAUGGUUUAGAUGUAAAGUUAAUUGUUAAGCUGGCCAAAUUAUUUCAAGAAAGGGCUGCCGGAAGUAAAAAUACAAGUGAAAUCACGGGUUUGGAAGGAAGAGCUUAUUUAUAUUGGUCAGCGGCCAUACCUUUGCUGGAGCGAUUGGAAAAGGGACAAAAAUUACGCGUUUUUCCCAAUCGAUUAUUUGAUUAUAAAGGAGAGGAAUUAACUGCAAACGAAAUCAAAGCUUAUUUAGAAGAUGGAAGAUUAUAUUUGGGCUGCAGAUUGAUGAAACUUGGCCGAACGGAAGAAGCCAUAGACGCGUUUCAAAAGUUGAAAGGUCCUUAUGCUGCAUUUUAUCAGGGUUUGAUAUACGAAAAAUUAGCUUCGGAAGAAAUUAAUCAUUUACCCGAAUCGAUAACAUCGGAAAAUAGAUCGCAACACAUAAUUUUCUUGACCAGAGCUCGCGACGCAUUUUACCUUACGUUGGAUAGAUUGAGAAGUCCGGGAGUGGAUUUCAAUCAUCCAUUGAAUAGUCAUUUGCAAGAUCAUUUAGAAACGGUGGAAAAGCAAUUGGCAGUAAUUGAUUCGGACAAUUCGCUAAAUCGAAACGGGGAUACCGAGAGCGAUGAAACGGAUAUUGUACCACAUCGUAUUUCUCCCGAUGUCGACGAUAAUAUGGAGAGCAUGAUAAAUAUUUACAAUGCAAGCAAUUUGUUGGGCAUGAAGAGUCACGGGACGCCUCGUACAUCCAAACAAAAUUUUUUAGAAAAAAAUAGUUCUCGAUUUGAAGCUCGACCUAGUCCGGAGCGGUUGGAUGCACAAUUACGACAUUUCAUGAUGGCGAACAAUAGCGGGCUCCAAGCCGUAAGCGACCAACUUAAAGAAAUCAAAUCAAUCAUUCAAAUUGAAUUAAAAGAUUUAGGAUGUAUAACUCGGGAUUUGUUGGCGGAAAUGAAAAAAUGGAGUGAUAAAAUCGAUGGCACCGUUAAAAAAGUCAUUGAUGCUGUAAAACCGGAUGAUAUUCUCAAUUUUGCAGAGGAAGAUUAUGAAAAUUUGAAUCAAAUGAAUUUACCCUACGAUUCUCAAUAUCAAAGUUACUUAUUAAAUCGUCAGAUGACUGGCACGCAAGGAACUUCCACUGUGACUUAUGGAAAUUCAUUAUCGUCUCCAAUAUCGUCCGUAAUUACCGGAAAUCAAAUGAUUCCAUCACCAUUCUAUACUGGUCAGCAACAAGCAGUCUCUCAACUAGAUCCUGCUUUGCUAUAUCAAAGCCUGGGUACGCCGUCUCUGAGUGUAAUCAUACCACCUCAGCACAUAAGGUCUACCGUUCCAUCUUCGGUUCAAAGCACGAGUCACAAUCAAGUUCAUCCGUUUCAAAUUCAAAUGCCUCCUCAAGUGCAAUUGAUAAAAGAAAGUCCGACGGAAAAAUUAAAUUCGAUUGCGCCUUCGACUCAAAUUAUAAAUUCUUUCGGAAACCUUUCAACUGGACAAAUUAGUACUGCUGCUCCGGCAUCCUUGAAGUCGCCAAUUCAAAACACUCCUUUAAGUGGAAAUGUUUCGUCUGAAACAACUCCUGAAACGGUGAAAACAACGGAAAAAAUCCUUCAGGAACCUAAAAUGAAACCGGAAAUUAAUUUACAGAAAAAGAAAAAUGACGUCAAAUUGUACGGAAGCAAAGUGGAAAUAUUUUUUCUUGAAAAUAACGAAUGGAAAAAACAGGGAAAUGGUGUCAUUGAAAUUAUUCUCGAUGAAGACUCAAAAAUGGGAAAAUUUACUCUUCUGCAAGAUAAUUCUAAUGUGCCUUACGUUUAUGAUUUAAAUCCUAACACGGCCGUAAAAUGUGUAAAAUUUAAUAAAGAGGCGGCAGCGGCGGCGGCUUUCGUUUGGUCUUUGAAAAACCUUCAAAGUCCUAAAUCCGAAACAAAUAAUAAGGCAUCUCCAUUGGACGUGAUACAAAAAUCUUAUUUUAAAUUAAAUAACGAUGGAGAAGAUGAAAAGUUUGAAAUGGCUCUUAAUAAGGUUUAUAAAAUAUUAAAUUUUAAAAAGGAAAACAUUAUCGGAAAAAGUAAAGCUAUCAACAUUGUGAAAGAAACAACAAAUAAAAUUGCUUCGAUUAAAGAAAAAUCGGAAAACUCGAGUGAAAAAAAUAACAAUGCAAAUUUGAAAACAAAUUUUGGAGGAUUCAUCUUUAAUUCGCCACCGAUAAUACAACCUCCGUCACUAAAAUUAAACGCCUCGAAUGAAAAACCAAAAGAACAAACUAAAAAUAGUCCUUUUGCUGCAUUUUCUUUUCCGACAACAACAACAACCAAAGUCACCACAACAACUUUAUCGGUAACCAGCACAACUACCAAUACAAAUACUGUUCCCAGUUUGAAGAGCAUCAUGUCGGAAAGUCCUUCCAAUAAGAAUACAAGUUCAAAUAAUGUUAACCUAUUUAGUUCUGUGAAAGCGGAUCCGAAUUCAUUUAAGAAAAAUGAAAAUUUUGUAGGUUUUGCCGGAAAAGAUGUACAGGUAUUUGGAUACCUUAAUAAAUCUACUUCGAAAGAAUCUUCUAAAACUGAUUCGAAUCAAAAAGAAAACGAUAAGGAAGGAGGAGAUGAUGAUUUCAUUCCCACAGCAGAAUUCACUCCUGCUGUUGAUUUGCCCGAUUUGGUAGAUGUUAAAACCGGAGAAGAAAAUGAUGAGGUUUUAUUCGAGCACAGAGCUAAAUUAUUAAAGUUUUACAGCGAUUCAAAGGAAUGGAAGGAAAGAGGUAUUGGAAAUAUAAAAGUACUUUUAAAUCAGGAAACGGGAAAGGUUCGACUCAUUAUGAGGAGAGAACUCGUAUUUAAAGUUUGUUGCAAUCAUUAUUUGGAUGAAUCAAUGGAAUUUAAACCUUUGCCGAAAAAUCCCAACGUUUUAUCGUGGUGCGCUCAAGAUUAUUCCGAUGGGGAUCUCAAACCGGAAUGUUUUGCAUUGAAAUUAAAAACUCAAGAAUUGAUGGAGAAAUUUCACACCGUCAUUAAAAAUACACAAGCGAAAAUGAAAAAUGGAAAAGUCGAAGGAAUGGGAAGCGAAGAACAAUCUCAAAAGGAAAAAUCAAAAGAAGAACUUGUUCCUCUUUCCGAAUUGUUCAAACCUAAACCCGGUUCCACGGCGAAUAGUGGUGCGUUAAACGUUUCAAGUGCAAGUUCAAAUCCGUCUUUUUCCAAGCCAUCAACUGAAUUUUCUUUUGGUAUCAAGAAUCCCGUUUCAACUCGAGGCGAAACUUUGCCCAACACAACAUCAACAAUUUCCGUCACAAAAAGUUCCUUUGGUAGUGCCACUACAACUACCGUUAGUAGUGUAUUCGGUGGUACCACUACUACAACCACGAACAGUAAUAUUUUUGGGGGUGCCAGUGCUACUGCAAGCAGUGUUUUUGGUGGCGCUCCCGUAUUUGCAAGCAAAAAUAUUUUUGGCGCUGGUACUGCAACUACAGGCAAUGUUUUCGGUAGUGCUACUCCACCCACAGGAAAUGUUUUCGGUGGUGCUACUCCACCCACAGGAAAUGUUUUCGGUGGUGCUCCUGCAACUAAAGGCAAUGUUUUCGGUGGUGCUCCUGCGACUACAGGCAACGUUUUCGGUGGUGGUUCUACUGUAAAUACUUUUGGUGGAGCCAACAACACGUUUUCAACGAGUGGUAAUAUUUUCGGAAGUAACGUUUCAAACUCCUCUUCAACCACAAACGCUAAUGUGACGAACACGGGAACUUUCUCGAUGGCGCCGAGCUCUUCAAAUUUAUCGAAUUCUCCCAACACCUCUCAACCCAAUUCCAGUAAUUUUUCGACAAGUAAUUCAAGUAACAUUUUUGGGGGAACGUCUUUAAGUAAAUCUAAUUUUGUCUUUGGCACGCCUAAAACGGAUUCGGAAAAACCUACUCAAUUCAGUUUUGGGUCGUCGAAUUUGAAGCUGCAAGAAAAAGAUAAAUUUUCUUUCUCUAUGGUCGUACGAGACGAUAGUAAUAAAAAUCAAAGUUUAUCUCCUCGCCAAGAAAAGCUAUCGGAGAGCUACGAAAAAUCCGAGAGCUCCCCGGAAAAAACCGAAGCCAACGAUCAAACAAACGCCGCAACCCCUGAAAAAGUAAAGUUACCUACCGGAGAAGAAGAUGAAGAAUUAAUGUACGAGCAAAGAUGUAAAUUGUAUAGGUUUUACAAGGAUGAAGAAAAGGAUAUAAAAGAAUGGAGGGAAAGAGGAAUAGGAGAUGUUAAAAUUUUAAAACAUAAGGAAACGAGGAAAAUAAGGUUAUUGAUGCGUCGGGACGUCGUAUUAAAAGUUUGUUUAAAUCAUUACGUCACAUCCGACAUUGAAUUCAUUAAAAAAGAUGAAAAAUCGUGGCAGUGGACGGCACCGGAUUUUUCAGACGGCGAAGUUCAGUACGACAUGUUUGCCAUUCGAUUCAAAACACCCGAAAUCGCUUCGGGAUUCAUGAAAGCACUCGAUGACGUCAAAAAUAAUGUCGCCGUGACGCCGAUCAAAAAAGCCGGUGGUGAUGACGAAUCGACGACGGAAACGAUGAAAAAUUUUUCAUUUGCUUCACUCAACAACAGUCAAUCUUUGGACAACGCGAAACAAUCAAUCAAGGAAAAAGGGGGGACUCCCCUGGUUAAAAAGUCUGAUGACGACAUAACGGUCGUUUUUCAAAAUCAAGUGACGGCCGAACAAAGGGAAAAAGCUGCUUCGUUACAUUUGCCCCCCAAUUUUUAUUCCUACCUUCAAGCACGGGAUUGUCCGGGAUGCGUCGGUUGCGACGCGGAAGAUGAAAAUUCAAUUUUGGGAAAGCUUUCGGAAACGACGCUCAAAACGCAAUCAAAUUCGGUUUAA